AUGGAGGUUCUGCUAGUGGUCUCUGCAUUUCCUCCUUUGAAGAAGACUUUGAAAUGGAAGAAUUUCAGUUCGAGUUCCCACAAAAAUGGGUUCCCAAUUCAUGUUUUGCCUCGCCAGAGCUUCUUUCAUGGAAAAUAUAGAAGUUGUGUGGAUUGGGAUGAUGCUUAUGUGGAAGAUGCUUCAUUAAUUCACAAUUUGAAUGGAGAAAAAAUUCCUCAAAUUACUGAAAAUUUUAGUCUUGAGGUGAAACCAGGAGAGGUUCUGUCUUACAAUUCUACCCUGUCCAGUUUGCUGCUACGCUAUGCUAGUAAUGGUUUUUACUCUAAAGCAAAGGCUGUUUGGGAUGAAAUAUUGAACAGCUCGUUUGUGCCAGAUGUUAGUGUAGUUUCUAAAUUAAUCACUAUAUAUGGGAGUGUAGACAAUUUUGAUAUGGUUAGCCAAAUUAUGCGUCAAAUGCAAUUAAAAGAUCCAGAUAUUUUACCCGACAUUUGUGCACUGUCUAUUUCUUGCUUUGGAAAGAGAGGACAACUAGAAUGUAUGGACAUUAUGGUCAAGGAGAUGGUGUCUAUGGGAUGUUCUGUAGAUUCGGCCACUGGAAAUUCUUAUCUAUUGUAUUAUAGUCUUUUUGGUUCGGUUGCUGAGAUGGAAGUCGCUUAUGGCCGUCUUAAGAGGUCGAGGAUUCUCAUAGAGGAAGAAGCAAUAAGGGCCAUGUCAUUUGCUUAUAUUAAGGAAAAAAAGUUUUAUGCUUUAGGUCAGUUCAUGCAGGAUAUAGGUCUUGGGAGGAGAAAUGUGGGCAAUCUUCUUUGGAACCUUCUCCUAUUAUCUUAUGCUGCAAAUUUCAAAAUGAAAAGCUUGCAGAGGGAAUUUGUGAAGAUGGUGGAAGCAGGAUUCACUCCUGAUCUUACUACUUUUAACAUUAGAGCACUUGCUUUCUCAAGAAUGUCUUUGUUUUGGGAUCUGCAUGUAAGCCUCGAACAUAUGAAGCAUGAAGCAGUUGUUCCUGAUCUUGUGACUUAUGGUUGUGUUGUUGAUGCAUACCUCGACAAAAGAUUAGUAAGGAAUUUGGAAUUUGCCUUGAGCAAUUUGAACAAGCACAAUUCUGUCUCAGUAUCGACGGAUCCACUUGUUUUUGAGGCAACAUUCUUAGACAAAUAUAAUUGUAAAUCAGAUUGUUGGUUUUCACACCACCCUGGCAGCCAACCAUGUGGUAACAGGUUUCGGAGUAAUGAAUCUGUGGAACAAUUGGCAGAACUUUCUGGAUUUUAG